UCCUAAAAAAGAAGAUCAAAGAUCACCCAAAAAAAACAAACAGUUGUGGAGGGCUGUCACAGGUCUGUGGUGGACCACAGAAGUCUGAAAUGUGUGCUUUUAAAACGAACAACCGAGGAUGAUUCGUUGCGGUCUAACGCUUAUGGGGCUCAACCCUGAUCUGUCUCCAGAGACCUCCCUACUCGGCACGCAUCCGCUCCCAGUGCCUCGACCCCAAGCAGCGAACGUUGCCGUCACACACUCCCACAGGAAGCACAGUGAAGUGGGCCACGGCGGCCAGCCGGUGCGCGGGAGCAUGGAGGUGGGCAUGCGCGUGGUCCGCGGAGCGGAUUGGAAGUGGGGUAACCAGGAUGAAGGCGAGGGUCAUGUGGGCACGGUAGUGGAGAUCGGGCGGCAGGGCAGCACCACUACACCCGACAAAACUGUGGUGGUGCAGUGGGACAGCGGGACACGCACCAAUUACCGCACCGGCUACCAGACCGCGUACGACCUGCUUCUGUACGACAAUGCACAGAUAGGUGUCCGACAUUCAAAUAUCAUUUGUGACAGCUGUAAGAAGCACGGCAUUAUGGGAAUGCGUUGGAAGUGUAAGGUGUGUUUCGAUUAUGACCUGUGCACUCAAUGUUACAUGAACAACAAGCAUGACCUGACGCACGCCUUCGAGCGCUACGAGACGGCACAUUCACAACCAGUGAGCUUGACGCCACGACAGAACCUGUCCAGAAUCAUUCUGAAGGGAAUCUUCCAGGGUGUGAAGGUGGUCCGAGGACCUGACUGGGACUGGGGCAAUCAAGACGGAGGAGAGGGAAAGGUUGGGAAGGUGGUGGACAUUCGUGGUUGGGAUCAGGAAUCAGGCCGUAGUGUGGCGAGCGUCACAUGGAUCAACGGCACCACAAACGUCUACAGGAUGGGUCACAAGGGGAAGGUGGAUCUCAAAUACGUGUCUGAUGUUCAAGGAGGAUUCUACUACAAAGAGCAUCUGCCCAAAUUAGGAGAGCAUGCGGAGCUGAAGCGUCAGGAAAGUGCAGACACUCACUCGUUUCAGCAGGGUGAUAAGGUCAAGUGUCUCCUGGAGGUGGACAUCCUUAGACAAAUGCAAGAGGGACAUGGAGGCUGGAACCCCAAGAUGGCUGAGUACAUCUCCAGAAUCGGGACAGUGCACCGAAUAACAGACCGUGGAGAUGUGAGAGUCCAGUACAGCAACAAUAUACGCUGGACAUUUCAUCCAGGAGCUCUGACCAAAGUGAAUACCUUUGCAGUGGGUGAGCUGGUGAAGGUUCUUGAUGACAUUGACAGUGUGAAGAGGUUACAGGUCGGUCAUGGAGAGUGGACAGACAGUAUGGCUCCAGCUUUGGGACAGGUUGGAAAGGUGUUGAAGGUGUAUGCAGAUGGUGACCUGCGUGUGGCAUUCGGAGGUCAGACGUGGACCUUUAACCCCGCGUGUCUGUCUGUUCAGCCCGGUGAGGUCGACGCCAAUCUGAUGACCGCAGAGAACUCCAGCGAAUCAGGAAGUACAGUUAUUUCAGUCCUGGAGAAGUUGCUGUCUCAGUCCACAGAGCAGGAUCAUCCAGGACGGCUGGUCAUCGAGGCGGCACACGGCAGUGCCAUUAAAGUGCGUGAACUGGUGCAGAAAUACCCAGACAAGGUUGAUAUAAAGAACCAGGGGAAGACGGCUCUGCAGGUGGCCGCUCAUCAGGGUCACGUGGAGGUGGUGAAGGUACUCCUGCAGGCCAACAGCAGCAUUGAAGCUAAAGAUGAGGAUGGAGAUGCCGCACUACACUACACCGCCUUUGGGAAUCAGACAGAGAUUGCACGUCUGCUACUCAGUAAAGGAGCCAGUGUGAAUCUGUUGAAUAACUCCAUGUGUACAGCUCUGCACAUCGCUGUCAAUAAGGGCUUCACCGAUGUGGUGAGAGUGCUCACAGAACACUCGGCUGACAUCAACCUGCAGGACUCGUAUGGAGAUACACCAUUACAUGACGCCAUCGCUAAAGACUUCAGAAGCAUCAUCGAGAUUCUCACUGUUGUGGCCAACAUUGAUUUCACCCAACAGAACAACCGUGGCUUUAACCUGCUGCAUCACGCUGCCCUCAAAGGAAACAAACCAGCCACAGAGAUGAUCUUGGCACGAGCACGACAGCUGGCUGAUGUUAAGAAAGAAGACGGUUUCUCUGCGCUGCAUCUGGCCACUUUGAACAACCACCUUGAUGUAGCUGAGAUACUCCUUAAAGAGGGUCGCUGUGACAUCAACAUCCGGAACAAUCGCAAUCAGACACCGCUGCAGUUGGCCGUGACUCAGGGCCAUGUGGCUCUUGUGACGCUGCUGGUGACGGAGGGUGCGGACGUGAACGCGGAGGAUGAGGAUGGAGACACGGCCAUGCACACGGCCCUGAGCAGACAACAGCUGACAGUCGUCAUGAGCAGCGGCGAGGGCGAGGGAUCCGUUCUGUAUGGCAGGUUGUGCAGCUCAGGUCUGAUGGGGAACACAGAGCUGAAUGUUGGCGCUGCUAUUGCGUGUUUCCUGGCACAGGAAGGGGCUGAUAUCAGUUAUGCCAAUCAUAAAGGUAAAAGCCCUCUGGAUCUCGUGACAGACACCACAGUACAACAACUCAUCCGGAGCUUCGCCGAAAAACACAGACUUCAUGCGGUCACGUGCGGGACGGGUACGAACAGCAGCAAUCUGAGGCGCGUUCACACCACACCCAACACCAUGACUAACCUGGCCUUGCCGAGUGUGAUGGGCCCCAGCGAGUGCCUCAUCUGCUCUGAGCUCGCACUCCUUGUGCUCUUCUCUCCUUGUCAACACAGCGUUGCCUGCGAGGAAUGUGCUCACAGAAUGAAGAAAUGUAUCCGCUGUCAGGUGACAAUAACAAAGAAAAUUCGACAAGAUCAAACGGAGGUGGAGUGCAGCCCCAAUUCAGAGAACUCCGAGCAGCAUAACCUGCUGGAGCAGCUGCAGUCGCGUUACAGACAGAUGGAGGAGCGCAUCACCUGCCCCAUCUGCAUCGACAACCACAUCAAACUGGUGUUCCAGUGCGGCCACGCGUCCUGCAUCGACUGCAGCGCCACACUCAAAACCUGCCCCAUCUGCAGACAGACCAUCCACGAGAGAAUCCAGCUGUUUGUCUGAUGGACGGCGAGUGUCGUGUCCAAUCAGAGUGAAGUACUGUUUAUUGAGCGUCUACAUUUAGCCAUUAUACUGAUCAGUGCCGCCUGAAAGUGCUGGACCAGUGAACGGAGGGCGGUAUAUGGCAUUUGGUUUUGCUCGACAACACGUGCUUGUGUCUGUGUGUAUCAUCUCAUACAUCAUUGGAGGUUUUCAGCGAUGGACAAGAGAAAAUUGGCUUCAGGAGAGUUUGGGCUCAGGGUGGAUUUGUCUAAUAUGUGGCAUGAUGAAGUGUAGAGCAGUUUGUUUAUUGGUUCAUCAGAGAUCUCCAGAUAUACUUCAUGCUGCUGAAGACCAAACCACAUCACGUACAUACUCCGCUAAAGACCCAAUUCUUCUGGACAAUGUCUCUUCUUUAACCAUCUGUGAGUAGAUUAGUAGAAUCAAAGCACCUAACCUGUCCAGAACAAUGCAAGUUUAUUCACAUUAUGAAUUUGUGACAAAUAGUUUUUUAUUUUUGACCCUUUUCACCCCAAUUCUUUACUGGAAUUUACAAAAUCUCACUGCAAUGGGAAGUCAAUUUACUUCAUAAAUUUAUGUUGAUUUCAAUUAAAAAAUGUCCUUUACUGUAAUACAUUAUAAAAUUAGCUGAAUUACAGAAAUGAGAGUACAAUGAGAAUAAAAAUCAAAUAAAAACUGUUGAAGUUAACUGUCAUGAAAUGUGUCACAUGCAAAAAAAAUCUUUAAUCGAUUUAUUCUGAUUGAAGAAAAAUCUGUUUAUGCUAUCUGUUAUCAAUUACAAACGAACUCUGUUAACCGUACUGAGAGUUUGGAGAGGAAAUUGUCAUGAAAUAAAGUCACAAAGAUCGUAAUAGUCCUAAAAGUGACCCGGACAUGUUUUCACCCAAGAGCCAUCUCUACGUGAAGUAAAUGAGUAGAAACACAUCUCUGUUUGUUGAUCCGGGGCUAGCUGCUUUCCAAACCUCCUAACUCAUCGUAAAGCAAUCUCAGAUCAAUGUAAUCCACAUCUAAGCGUCCUAUCCCAGCAUUCCUGUGAUGCCGUUGAAACUGUCCACAUGUUCUUUUCAAUCCACGCGUCAUGUGGGAUGUUUGUGAGGUGAUGCACCUGUACAUGUACUGUAUGCCUGUACCACGAGCAAGAGAUAUACAUAAACAUGCAUGCUGUUGAGCUUAUUAUUGAAGACAAAUUUUGUGUCAUGGAAACACUUGUAGUGUAAUACAUACAGGUGUAUUUUCUGCUUGUGUGAUGACGGCUGUCGGACAAAGUGUUUUUAAGACAUCAAUAGUAAUCCAGUAGAUUCAUUUGACAGCAAAUUUGCAGAAUGCUUCCUAAUACGAGGGGUUAUUUACUGUCCUUAUUCUUCAUGCAAGUACAAACAUCAAAGGUUUUCAAAAUAAAACAAGCUAUUGCAUGCGGCAUAUGGCGAAUUGAUAUUUCAUCACGUGCAGCAGAUAAAUUAUGUUAUCAACAACCGUUGAAAUGCUUAUUCUUGAGAGGAAUGCACUUGCAAUGGAAUUACAGCUAGAGAAAAUGCUAAUGUGUGAUAUCUGUACAUUUAUUUCACCAUGUUAGAUUUGGUAUUUCAGAUAUCAGUAAUUAAAGAUAUCAUCAAAGCUUUCUUAUUAGUUACAAUAAUAUUAUAGACAUCUGAAAUGAACAUUGCCACUAGUGAAAACCAAAUUACAGAAAUAAAAAUGAGCCUGUUUACAGUUGUAAUUCAGUUGUUGACAGCGGGAAUGAACAUGUGCAGUUGUGACUGGUACUCUUGAUAUUAAAAAUUAUCAUUUUCACUAUAUGCAAGACCAAUAUGCAAGAUUUGUAAUUUCAAUUAGUAUCUUCUAGAUAUCUGCAAUAGCUUUUGAACAGGAUUGAAUUAUAGAUAUAAAAUAUUACAGCUUUUAAUAGUUUAAUAGAAUGUGUCAUUUUAAAAUAAAGAUUUCAUGUUAUUACUAGUGCAAAUAUAAUCACUGAUAUCAAAAAUAGUAAUUCCAUUCCUGAAGUCAAGAAUGAGAAUUUGAAGUUGUGAGAACAUGCCCCAUUCUUUCUGUAAACUUUACAAGCUCAUCCAUUGGCGACGCGUGUAAUCGCAGGACAUCAUAAACAGUAAUGCGUCGGUGUAGACAUCACACAAGGAGAACAAGAGAAACUCUGAUUUGAAUUGUGAACUCGUCAAUGUGAUUACACCAUGUACAUUUACAGUUUGUCAUCACAGACUAACCGAGCACUCUUUUAGCAUUUUCAGUCAGAACCAUUGAAAAUAACACUUCUCUUGAAAGUGUGUAAAUAAAGAAUUUAACUUUUUGGGCGAACUCAAAAUGUUUAUUGUUUUUCGCCAACUAUUACAAUGUCAGAAAGACAGUUGAGUGUGCUUUGUCGAGAAGUUUUGUUUUGUCGUUGUCUGUCAACUAUUUGAAAUGUUUCCCAUAUCCAACAUGAAUUAGGCUUGUAGCUACUUUAGCUUUGUGCGUCCCCUCCUGUAGUCUGUUGUCCAUAGUGUGUUUUGUUCCAGAAGGGCUUACUGUAUGCAUUUAAAAAUGUAUUCUCUUUUAAUGUGUUCAUCGUCUCGUGACGGGGUUUCAAGAUCCCAGUUUCGGGAUAGCCAACACAAAGAUGUAUAUUUGAAUGUUCAAAGUUCUAUCUUGCUGUGCACCGACCGCUGCACCGUUCUGGAGUUUGUGAAAAAGGUGAAAGCGAUAUCAGUGCCAAAAUUCGUCAGCGUGUGCAAAAGAGCACACUUUGUAAUAUUCUGAUUUCAUUUAAUUGGUCUGUCCUCGUCACAGUGAUGUGUUACUUUCCCUAGCUUUCAAGAAGUCAUUUUGCUUUAUAAUUUGUCAAAACUGAAGAUUUGUGUUGGGUUUUAUUAUUCCUAUUAUUAAUUGUCAAUGAAAAGGACAAUGGUUUAACAUCACAGACAGCCUUCACUUUUGUUUCAGUAGAAGUUUUAGGAAGCUUAUCUGCUUUACAAUUUCUGCCCAUUAUGGAGAUCACUGCAUAGAAAUGAUUCCCUUUGAAGUUAUUAUUAUAUACAAAGUGUCCAAUGCUUGAAAGAUGAUGUAAAUCAUUGGUUCAUUCUGGGGUCUGACACUGAAUUCCUCCAUUACUGAAUCAAAAUGAUCAUGUGAAUGUUAGAUCUAAAUACAGGAUUGUUUUGUUUGGAAAUUGGAAUAUUGAACAUCUUAAAUCCUUCCAGGACAUUCAAAUCAUUGUUGUCAAUUACAGAAACACUGUAUUAUAUAUCAAUCAAUCAAUCAAUCAAUCAAUCAAAAUACAUGCGAGUUGUCAGCAGAUCAGUGCAAAACAAUGUUGCAGAUUUUAUGAAUUGUAUGUUGAGUUGUGCUUUAAGGAAAGUGUACGUUAAAGGUUAUUUAAGCAAAUGUUGUUUGUACAGUUCAGUAUGUGGAGUUCUGAUUUUGGCCUUGCUGUCCAUUUUUUAUAUUUAUUUUGCUUGUUUUUCUUUCUCAAUUUUUUUUCCAAGUUUUACUCUGUAAAAUAUAUUUUGCAGUAAAUAUUGAACUGUUUUAUAAGCAUAUAUUUGUGUUUGGUUUUUGUUUGUUUGUUGGGAGCUGUAGUGCAGGGAUCGAAGGAUCUCACCAAUGAAUAAAAGAGAUGACUUUACAAAAAAUAUUGCAUGAAGAAUUACAAGAAUAUUACUAACACUCAAAAUAACUCACUGAAUUGGAGAGCUGCCCUUUCUAAAUGUGCAAAAAGAAACGUUUUUAAAGUGUACAGAUUAAGAAAUGACCUCAUAUAAAUGGAUCAUUAAACACUUUUGGUUUCUCUGGCCGUAUAAGCAGCUUUACAGCUACAAUUGUCAAUGCAAACUAUUGAUUCAUAAUGUUUGAACUGCAAUGCCAUAAUGGAUUAUCUGUG